AUGAAGUACCAGACUAUUGCUUUCGCCACUUCGACCCUCGUCGGUCUCGUGGCGGCCAGUCCCUACCACCGUCACCACCAUCUGAGACGUGUCAGCAAGCGUGAGGUUCCCCAGGAGCACUCUCACGAGAUCUUCCUCAACAUUACCCGCGAGUUCCUGAACAAGGAGAACCCCAAGGCCAUCGCCGACCCCGUCUUCGGCCUCCUCGGAGACGCAGCUGCCAAGACGGGCGCUGGACAGGUUACCAACUUGGCCUGCCUGCAACAGGAGACCGCCGAUCAGGCCUUCACCAAUGCCAAAGCCGCCAAGGAUAUCCGCGGUAUGUCUGCCGCUCUCGUCUACCAGACUCUUGAGCGCAAUACCGCGGGCGUGGGUGUGAAUAGCGCGGCUUGCACCGACAAGCCUGUCAACGCUGAGAUCGCCGCCCUUUCCAAGAAGCACCAGGAUCCUGCUGCCGACGGCGCUGCGGCCAACAACAAGGAGGUUGCUCUCGCGCUGGCCAAGCAGUUGGCCGCAGUCGGCGGUGACCCCAUGCUGGCUCUCGAGAGCGGCACCUUCGCCCCUGGUGACAAGUCCGACACUACCUUCAAGGGUCUCAGCUGUGACACUGACACCGACCCUACCGGAUGCAUCUUCACUGAGAAGAAGCUUGUCCUUGAUGCCACUCCCGACGAGAUCACCGCCGCUGCUAAGGGUGUUACUCAGACUGUCACCGGCGGUACUGGUGAGCUGAAAGCAACUCACAUCGACAUCACUGGCCUCGCCGUCGCCGGCCAGACCGGAGCCCAAACUCAGGCCAACAACGGCACUGCCGGUGGAAACAACGGAAACAACUCGAACAACAACGGCAAUGCCAACAGCGGCAACGCCAACACUGGUAGCGGCAACAACGUCCAGACUUUCACCGGCUCUCUCGGUGGCGCCCCUCCUCCGGUCAUCCAGAGCUCUGGCGACCGUCCCUUCUCCGUCAACGGCGACACCUUUGUCGGAAAGGGUGCCGCCCUAGGCCGAUCAUGCGACGUCCAGCACAACGCCUGCGCCCGCGCCGUCAACAGCGGCCAGCUCGACGGCGAAGUUUCCCAGUGCGACGAACAGAAUACUCAGUGCCGCGCCCAGGCCAACCUCCGCAAGCGCUUCUUCAAGCGCCAGGCCACCGACUUCGGUUCCUGUAGCGACCCUUCCGUCGUCUUCAAGGACGGCUUGCCCGAUCGCCAGGCCGCCGCCUUCAUCGCCAACAACCAGGGCGACUUCAACCACGGCUCUGCGCAGAAGAUCGGUAUUAUUGCUGGCUUCAUCUGCCAGCGUCUGUCUGACAGCUGCAAGGCGCCUGCUGCUACCAUUGAGAGCUGCAACAAGGCUCAAACUGCGGCUGUUGCUGCUACUCAGGAUGAGACUGCUGCGAAUGUGUUCAACAGCAUGCUCAUUGGCGGCUCGGCUAGCGGCAACGUCACCGCGCGUGGGGAGCUCAGACUUCACUGA